UUGUAGUCGGCGGGGAGCGGCGCCGGAGCCGGAGCCUCACCCCGGGGCCGCCUCUCCGUGACAUGGCGGCGGCUGCGCAGAAUUGCAGGUGUCACAGAGAAGAAUAAUCUUCAUUAGCCCAGUGGUCAUCAAGGACAUGAACUCUGCUGUUUUUACCUAGAUGGAUGAGAAGGUCAACAGCCCAGAAGGGGAGCUCCUUUGGUGUUCAGGAUGGCAGCAAGUGGUGGCGAAAGCCAGUUGCAGCGGAUUAUCAGGGACUUGCAAGAUGCUGUGACUGAAUUAAGUAAAGAAUUUAAAGAAGGAGAACCAAUCACAGAUGACAGUGUCAACUUGCAAAAAUUCUCCUACAAGCUCGAGUACCUUCUACAGUUUGACCAGAAAGAAAAGAACUCACUGCUGGGGAACAGAAAAGACUACUGGGACUAUUUCUGUGACUGUCUAGCAAAAGUCAAGGGAGCUAAUGAUGGAAUCCGCUUCGUCAAGUCUAUUACAGAACUACGAACAUCUCUUGGAAAAGGAAGAGCAUUUCUUCGUUACUCCCUGGUGCACCAAAGGCUAGCAGACACCUUGCAGCAAUGUUUCAUGAAUACCAAAGUCACCAGUGACUGGUACUAUGCAAGAAGUCCAUUUCUCAAUUCCAGGAUGAGUUCUGACAUUGUGGGUCAACUCUAUGAGCUCACUGACGUUCAGUUUGACUUGGCAUCAAGAGGCUAUGAUUUAGAUGCUGCAUGGCCAGCAUUUGCCAGGAGGACACUGUCCUCGCUUGGAUCUUCUGCAUAUUUAUGGAAGCCCCCAAGUCGCAGUUCCAGCGUGAGCAGUUUAGUGAGCAAUUAUUUGCAGGCCCAGGAGUUCCCCUCCAGCCCUGAUGCAAAUAGCUCACUAAAUGUUGAACACCUUGAGGGCUUUGAAGAGAUGCGUGUAGAACUGGACCAGGCUGAGUUGAGGCAGAGGGAACUUCAAGAUCGUAUUCACCAGCUAGAAAUGGAAAACCAGGAGCUCCAGGCAGCUGUCAGCCUUCAGAAAGAACAAGUGCAGGUAGAAAAGGAGAAGAGCAAUAACUACAGUGAGGAGAACUCCCGGCUGACAAAGAUGAUCACAGAGUUACAGAAGCAGUGUGAGGUCUCGCACUCCACUCAGAGCACUGUUCAUGACCUGCAGAAGUGCCUGCAGUCACUGGAGCUGAAUGCAGUGGAGCAGCAGAAGGAAUAUUCAACAAAACUGGAGCAGCUCGUGGCCAGCAAGGAAGAUUGCGCCUCAAAACUGCAGGUGUUGAAUCAGGAGCUGGAGGCUUCUAAGGCUUUGGUUGCUAUGAAGGAUCAUUGCAUCGAUGAGCUCAAAGCCAAGCUGAGUUCCACAGAACAGAAGAACCUCAACCUCCUUGCAGAAAUUGAUGCUGCCUUGGAGGACGAGGGACAACAAGCCACAGCCCACUGUGAUUCUGCCCUACAGGUACAGGCACUGUUAGAGAAGCUUCAGGAAUCAGAAAAGGAAAAGGCAGACAUGCAAAGACUCAAUGAUGAACAAGUGUCUCAGCUGAAAGCAGCAAGGGAGGAGGUGCAGCUGAAAGAAGAGGCACAGAAGGAACUGGAAUCUAGAUACAAUCGCCUCACCACUGACUCCAAAGAAGAGAGUGAAAAGCUACUUGGGAGGCUGGAAACCAUGGCAAAGGAAACGGAAACACUUCAGAAGGCCCUGACCCUGAAAGAAAAGGAGGUGGCUGAGCUCCAGACCCAGGUAAUGGGGUCGCUGGCUCAGGUGGGGUCAUUGGAAAAAAAUCUUGAGGAAGCAAGGAAAGAAAAAGAGAAACUUGAGGAGGAGUAUGGUAGGAAGGAAGGAGCACUGAAGCAGGAAGCCCAGUCACAAGCAGAACAACUUGAACUGCAGGACGGUCACUUAGCAAAGGUGAGUCAGACUGUGUGUAGCCUUGAGGAGCAAAACCGGAAUCUCUUGUGUGAGAAGGAGCAUCUCAGCCAGAAGGUCAAGGAGCUGGAGGAGCAGAUGGAGCAUCAAAACUCUGCAGUGAGUGAAAUGGAUGAGGAGGGCAGGAAGCUGAAAGCAGAGAAUGUGGAUUUGCAGCAGUCCAAGAAGAAGAUGGAAGGGAAGCUGAAAAAUUUGGAAGAUUCUAAAGCUUCCCUGGAAGCCGAGGUAGCCAGGCUAAGAGCCUCUGAGAAACAGCUUCAGAGUGAGAUAGAUGAUGCCCUGGUGUCAGUUGAUGAAAAAGAGAAGAAGCUCCGGAGUGAGAACAAACAGCUGGAUGAAGACUUGCAGAAUGCCAAGAGGCAAAGUCAAAUCCUGGAGGAGAGAUUAGAGGCUCUGCACACAGACUAUGAAGAGCUAAAGCAAAGAGAAGAGACUACCAAGGAGUCUUAUGCCUCACUUGAAGGACAGCUGAAAAGUGCCAAACAGCAUAGUUUACAAAUGGAAAAAAGCUUGGGCACCUUGAAGGAAAGCAAAGAGUGUCUCCAGACACAGCUCUCAGAGCAGGAACUAAAACUGCAAGACAUGGAGAGCCAGUGUGAGCAGCUAAGAGCAGAAGCUGAAAGACACAGGAAGAAGGCAGAGACUCUUGAGGCAGAAAAGCUCAGUGUUGAAAAGACGUGCCUUCAUCAGACAAAGCUUAUUGAAUCCCUCACAUCAGAAAAGGAAUCCGUGGAAAAACACCAACUACAGCAGGCAGCUUCUCAGGAGAAGGAGGCAAAAGAGCUGACCUCCAGAUUGGCCAUGAGUGAAGAGCAAUUGGAGGUCAACCGUGCUGAAGUGUCUAGGCUGCAAGCAGAGGUCCUGGACCUGCGAGUCAAGCUUCAGCAGACCACUGAUGAGAGAGAGCAGAUGAGAGGUGAGCUGGCAAUCACAGAGGCUUCCUUGGGGGAGCAGAAGGCACUUGUCCAGCAGCUUAAAGAGCAAAGCGAGUCACUCAACAGAAACCAUGUGCAAGAACUAGUGCAAUGUAAAGAAAGAGAAGAAGUGCUGAAAAAAGAGCAGGAGAGAGCAGCCCACCAAAAAGCUCAGCUAGAAAAUGAUUUGCUGAGCAUGAAGGAAGAGCUAUUCAAGGUUAAGCAGUGCCUAGAAGUUGCUAGAAUGGAAAACGAAGAAAACAAAGAUCUCCUCCACAGGACCAACACGGAUAUGGCUGAACUUGGUAUUCAGAUUUGUGCCUUGACCUCUGAAAAGGUGGAUGCAGAAGAGCGGUUAGCCCAGGCUACAAAACGGCUCAAAGAACUGGAAGAACAGGAAGCCAAGCAACAGGAGAAGCUGGAACUUGACAUCUCUAAUCUCAGGCAGGAGAACAAGAGCCUGCAAGAGAAAUUAGAGGAGGCUCAAGUAUGUGCCUCAGCUGUUCCAAGUCUGCAAUUGCAGCUGGAGACAGCAAAGAAACAGGCACAGAGUUUCCAAGAGACCAGCCAAGAAGAGCUGUCUGCAAUAAAAUUUCAAAUGAGCACAGAGAUUCUAAAUUAUCAGACAAAAUUCAAGGCUGUCAGUGAAGAGUGUGGGAAGGUAAGAGAGCAACUUGAGGAGCAGAAGCGACAACAGCAUGCUGCAGAGGAAGAGAUUGCAGAGUUACAAGCUGCAAACACAAGUUUGUCUAGAAAGCUGGAUGAAGCAAGAGAGCUGCUGUCUGAAUCAGAAUCUGCUCGGCUGCAGAAAGAAGAGGAGGUGACAUCUCUGAGAGAACUCUUGGCAAGCAUCCAAAAAGAAGCUGAAGAAGCAAAAGAGAAGGUCCUGGAUUACAGUGAGAAGCUCAGCAAGGUGGCAGCAGACAAAGACAGCAGCGACCAGAAGUUAUUUGCUGAACUGGAUGAUCUGACAAGAACAAAACAGUUCCUUGAAGAACGUUUGAUAGAACUUAUCAGAGAUAAGGAUGCUCUGUGGCAAAAAUCAGAUGCUCUGGAGUUCCAGCAGAAGCUUAGUGCAGAGCAAAGGUGGCAGGGGGACACAGAGGUUAACCACUGCCUGGACUGCCAGAAAGAGUUCUCAUGGAUGGUGCGCCGACACCACUGCAGAAUGUGCGGUCGCAUUUUCUGCUACUACUGCUGCAACAACUACAUGGUGACAAAGCCUGGUGGAAAAAAGGAGCGUUGCUGCAGAGCUUGCUUUAAUAAGCCUAGAGUCAUUGUGGGUAGUACAGAUGACUCUGGAUCCAGUGCCAACCAGGAAGGAUCACCAGCUUCACUGGAAUCACCCGUGUCACCAUCUGAGAGGGCUUUUGUUUCAGGUGAAGCCUCUAAGCCACCAGAUGAUGCAGCCUUUGACAUAAUCACUGAUGAGGAGCUGUGCCAAGUACAAGAAUCUGACUCUCUCCACAGUGAAAGUCAGAUGGAGCAAGAUUCUCUGGAUCAAAGUGUGACAGAUCUGAACAGCACGUGCAAUUCUUCAACCUUUGAUGAAUCGGAAGAGUGGCAAGUUGCUCAAGAUGCUGAGAUAUGCUUGUUGAAGUCAGGAGAAAUCAUGAUCAAAUUACCCCUUACAGUGGAAGAGAUCUUAAAUUUUGGGGAAAGCAACAGAGAGCUGUUCAUUAAAUCCAGCACCUACAGUAUCAUUCCCAUCACUGUUACAGAGACGGGACUAACAAUCAGCUGGUUCUUUUCAUCAGACCCUAAAAGCAUAUCCUUCAGCGUUGUCUACCAAGAAUCAGAAGACACACCACUGGAGCAGUGCAAAGUUCUUAUUCCUAUGACCCGCUGCAACUCUCAUAAGGAAACUAUCAGAGGACAGGUGAAAGUCAGAAACUCUGGCAUCUACACGCUGAUAUUUGACAACACAUUCUCUAGGUUUAUCUCAAAGAGAGUGUUUUAUCACUUGGCCGUCGAGCGACCUGUCAUCUAUGAUGGAAGUGAUUUUCCGUAGCCUUGACUUAUACUGUGUUAUUUUAAAUUAAUUUUGUAAGAAAUUAUCUUAUUUAUGUACACAGAAGCAUUAUGAUUACCACUGUGUUUGAAGACUUUGAAACUAUGCAAUAGUUAUAAUGCACUUAAAGAACAUGUAUACACUAAAAACAGAAGCCUUUUUAGGAACACUAAUGGUUCUGUACUGUGUACAGAUUGCUGAAAAGCCAUGUUCUUUGAUUUAACAGGUCAAGAAUCAGUUUCAGUGGGGAGAAAAAUGAAUGUCGGGGAGUGUUAAUGCAAACUGAAAAUCAAAUUCCUUUUCUUCCAAAAAUAUCCUUCAAAAGGAAAUUUAAAGAAAAAAAUGUGUAUUUUUAUUGACCUCUUCACUGAGGAGUAAAUAUAACCAUUUAUGUUCUGCUCUGCUGCUCCUGCAGUCAGAACAACAAUUAUGCAAUGCUUCAAUCUUCACAGGCAUAUAUAGUAAUCCAUCUGGAAGUUUUUAUCUUUUCCACGUUUUAUAAACAGCAAACAUAGGGGUUUUUUACAUUUUGGGAUAAGAUUUGGUAAGUCUUACCUGGCUUUUAAAAAUGCACUGGUACUGAAUACCAGUUACAACAAGAAGCAGCAACUCCUUUCACUUUUGCUCACCAGACUCUGUAAGUUGGUCCGCUGAAACCAGCACUUAUGGUGAGUACCAGUAGCAGAAUCAGGAGUGUCAUUUGUAGAAUGAAGCACUGCUCACUGUGUGGUAUUAGGAAGAGGAGCAUUCCUUUUUCCUGCUUUAGCACCUUAGUCAUCAGCAUUCACAGGGAAGCACAGUUUCUGAGGAGGUCAGCAGUGCCUCUCUCUAGACCACAUGGAACGCAGCAAUAAUGCUUGAAUCAGUCUCAAAAUGUCCAUCCAAACCCAAAUGCAUAUCCAGCCCCAUGAGCUCUUCACCCAGGGUUGGUGUAUUCUGUCCCUUCCUAGCCUGUGCACUUGCCCUAGCCAGCUGCUAACUUUGUCUUGGAUUUGGGGAUAAAGCUGUCUCUCAACACUGCCUUUUAGAGAAGACUGGGUUCUCAUUUAUGCAACAUUUCCAUGCAAACCAUCUGUUGUCUAUAUAGAAUUUCAAUUUCAAUUUCUUGUCAAAAUAUCCAGGUUUUUUUUUUUCUCUUUAAAAAUCCUGUCUUCUAAUGGAAAGGCAAAACAUUUGACAGGAGGGAGGAGAAAAGCUCUUUCUCCUGAGCAGCCCUCCUCAUCAUUUUAGGUGUAUCUGAUUUCUCAUGUUGUUCUCCUCCCAGGAAACCUCAGACCUGGAAGGUUUUAGCACAGCAGUUGGUAGAAGGCCAGCACAGCCUGCCAGGAACUCUGUAGACUCUUGGUGGUUGGUAUACAAGGGGUCAUGAUGGGAGACAGCAAAUAAACCAUGAGGGGAAAGAAUAGCACAAGCUGAAGCAAACAAUUUAGGGAGAGGAAAGGGGCAAAUCUUAUAAUUGUGAAAACAAGGGCAGGGAAUUGGAGGCAUCAGCUUGACUAGGGAAGGAGGCCAGGAGAGUCGAGCUGGUGUUUGUGUUGCAGGUCUGAUCCAUUGCCUAUAAGGGAUCUCCUACACCAAAAGGCUGGUUAUUUAAAAGGUGGAGUUCACACAACAAGUGUUGGAGGUUCAGUGGCUGGACUUGAUGAUCUUAAAGGUCUUUUCCAACCGAGUUGAUUCUAUGAUUCUAUUUACAUAGUAGCAGCUGAGGUAGAGGGAAAUUCUAAUUAUAGGAAAGGAAAGAAUACUGCAGGUGAAGCUGAAGGUUGCUUAUCAUUCAUCCCAGUGUCUGGUUCAUCCAGCUCACUGAUAGCUUUCCCUUCAGAUGCCUCUUCCCUGAAUUGGUGGUGUGCUCACAGCCUCUGCCUGGCACCAGCGGAAGGUGCAAACUGGUUUACUCCCUUCCUGAUGGAACUGCAGUGCAGUUAAACCCUGACCUGGCUGUGUGCAUGACAGUGAGAUGGACAAGAGACUGAAGUGGGCAAUAAACAGGCAAUAACCGGCGCACGGAUCAGUUGAUGAAUUAUGGCAGAUUUCAGUGUUGAAGCUAUGUUUUAUAUUUAAUGAGGCAAGAAAAGAUUAUUUAUUGCUUAAAAAUGUGUAUCAUAUGCUAUGCAGCUUCACUGAGCUGCUCCUGAAUUCUGCUGCAGUUUUCCUUUAAACUUUUAGGUGUGGUUUUUAAAAGCAUUUUGCUGUUGGUUUAGCUAGAAUACUAAUCUUACUAGGAUAUCUUUCUUAAAAUGCCAAAUGUAAGGUAAAGGGAUGCUGUCAAGUAUCUUAGGCCAAAAUGGGACAUAUCUCUGCUCAGAAGUAUUUGAAAUGUCUCCAUUCAAAGUUCUUUGACAGAUUUGCCUCUUGAUUUCCUCUCUGCAUCCCAGUUCUUAAUAUUUUUCAUCCUCUGGCAAGUAUUUUUAAUGGUUUUAAGUAUAUUUUAAGUAUUAUUAAGUAUUUUUAAGGUUAUUAGCUCUUAAAGUAGUUGCCUCCAUCUAGUAAGCCACAUGUUUCACUGCGAGCCUUUCAUGUAAUCAGUCCUGAGGCUGGCUGAAGCAGAUGAGGAGGGGAAUAAAAACACUGGAUUGUUUUUAUUUAGCAUUUGUGUCUUUAUGGUACCUUUUCUUCACAUUUUCCUGCCCCGUAAGAAUAGUUUUAUGGGGCUUUUUUGCUCUCUGAAAGAGGACACUAAGAGCAGGAGCUAGAACCUAUACUUAAAGAUGAAAAGUUUGCUUCUAACCAAGGAGAGUAUUUCAGAAGGAGAUAAGUUUCAAAAGCUGAAAUAGUGAGGCUGGAGUGCAACUGUUCAAGAACAGAAAUCCCAUCAUGUCAGCUAGGAGAAGAAGCCUUUUCCACCUCAGAGGAUGUGCAGAGCAAAUAGUAAAGAACUUUUAAAAUUGAUCAUGAAAUGAGUUGAAGGGGAUGUCACAUUGAUGUGACAAAGAGAGUUUGGGGUCAGCAGAAGCAAUUGAGGUUUUUCCUGGGUGCUGGAGCAAUGGAGGGUAAUAUUUGCUGUUAUGCAGAGGUUUAUGUGAAGGAAAGAAUGCAGUUGCUGUAAGAAAUGACAGUGUUCCUUUACUCAACGUUACUCCAUGUUGCUUUAUGAUAAACCACAGAGAUAUAUUGCACCAGAAUGUACCGCGUUACCAGACAGCAAAGCUAUAAAAGCCUGACUUUGCUUCUUACUGAAAAUGGAAAUUGCACUAUAGUUAUAGUUGUACUCAGUCACUGAGAUUGUAACUUGUUCAGAAGCAUCUUUUGGUCUUAACUGCCAAAGAAUUGCAAACCCUUUUCACAUCAAACUUCAUGCUUCAGAUAGGGGAAGGAGAGAUUUACAUGUCCCAGCAUCUGUACAGUUACAGAGAUGUAGACGGUUGUGUACUGGGAUGUUUCUUCAUGCUUUUUGCCUCCUUUUUUAACCUCAGGAAUUAAAUAAAACUCUCUAUCACUGAG